CUCGCCGCGGUGGCCCAGGUCACAGGGUCACUGGCAAGAACCGUGACAUACAAUUGGAACGUCACUUGGGUCUUCGCUAAUCCAGAUGGAUUCGAAAGACCAGUUAUUGGGAUAAACGGUGCUUGGCCAUGUCCAACGAUCGAGGCAACUGUUGGCGAUAUCGUUGUUGUCAACCUAAACAACCAGCUGGGGAACGAGACGACGGGUCAAUGUCCCCUGCCUCCAGAUUACUCUGUCAAAUAUCGGUUCUAUGUAAGUGAUACCCCCUGUACGAUUAGGGGGAAAGAGAUGAAGCUGACAACAGAUGCCAAAGGCCGACGCACCUGGCACAUAUUGGUGUAAGUUGAAAGGCUUGAAGCAGUUAAGUUAUUUCCUUUUGUUAAUAAUGAACUAAUGAUAAUAUGAAAGACCACUCUCAUAGCAUGGGGCAAUAUCCGGACGGCCUCCGUGGGCCGCUGAUCAUUCAUGAUAACGAUGAUCCCUACGAAGACGAGUACGACGAGGAAGUUAUCAUUUCCGUGUCUGUACAGGUAUCGUGAUCAGACGCCGACAUUAAUGCAGACUAUGAUUCAGCCCAACAACACGCAAUUUGCUCCCCCACUUCCUAACAGUACUCUUAUCAAUGACGGGGGUGAUGGUCACAUCCAGGUUGAGGCUGGCAAGACGUACCGCUUCCGUAUGAUUAACUGGUCUGCUAUGUUCUCCACCUUCAUCACAUUUGAAGACUUUGACAUGGAUGUGAUCGCCAUCGACGCGUCGUAUGUGACGAGAACAUCCGUGCAACAGUUGCGUAUAUCCGCCGCUCAGCGGACAGACUUCCUGAUCACAAUCCCGGAUGACGCGGACAGGAACUAUCCGUACCUGGUCGCCUUGGACAUAAAUCAAGAUUUCGCGGCUGAUAAUCCCCCGAGACCAGUGUCAUACCCGUUCAACGCCACUGGUUUGCUAGUCGUGGAUGACGACUUGGACAAGACCGGGACAUUCGACGUCCAGACGUUCGACCCCUUCGACGACUCCACCUUCGAGCCGGAAGACGACGAGGAAGUCUAUGGCCCCGUCGAUAAGCAAUGGAUCCUGUAUUUCGACUACUGCCAUGACGAAAACGGCUAUCCUAGAGCGUGCUUCAACGACACGAUGUACAUCCCGCAGAAGGUUCCAGCGUUGUACUCGGCAGCCUCGCUAGGGGAAAACAACACGCAGACGGCGGCGUACGGCCAGGUCAACCCCUUCAUCGCCGAGUACGGCGACGUGAUAGAGAUCAUCAUCAACAACAACAACGACGCCAUCCACCCCUUCCACCUGCACGGGCACCAGUUCCAGGUGCUCGCGCGUCCCGAGAGCGACGCGGGCAACUGGACCGCCGACGCCGCCAUCAACGAGACGCCACCCAGGCGAGACACCGUCUCGGUGAACUCGAAGUCGUACGCGGUGCUUCGCAUCAAGGCCGACAACCCGGGCGUCUUCUUGUUCCACUGCCACGUCGAGUGGCACGUCGAGAUGGGUCUGAGUGCGACCCUGUUCGAAGCCCCGGACAGGCUGCGCAACUACACGAUACCCCAGGACCACAUCGACGCGUGCGACGCGAUGGGCAUACCGACCACGGGCAACGCUGCCGGCAACGAGCAAUGGGACGACACGACCGGCUUCGUCACGGUGCCGCCGACGAAUUACACCGGGUAAGUUCUCAUGACCAUGACCCGUCUGUUAGGCAGAUUGGAGAGUGAACCGAAGUGCUAACCUUGGCGGUAAUGUUAGUUCUCUGUACACGGCGUCAAGCUGAGUAGAAGUGAGGCGGAGCGCGCGCUAGGUAUCCCUGGUGCAAUGUUGCUCGACGUAAGGAAACGAAAAACGGGCUUUCCUAAAUUCUUAUCGGGAGGUUGUUUUCUUCUACUCCUACAUAUGGAUGCGUCGCCCCCAACAUAUACCCCCGGGCUAGGUGUUGGAAGGCUUCAUUUUUCAUUACGGCGUUGUUAGGUAUUUACGGACGGACAUACACAUGGACUUCACGGAUAAGCUUCCUUUUUUUUCGGCAACUGAGUAGCGUACAUAUUCACAUUAACUGACCAUAAGGUCCUAUAUCAUAAUAAUACUUGCCUGUGAGUGGAUUGAAAAAGAAAUAGGUAAAAGGGAGCGCGCCGCAAUACUACAUGUGUCGGUGAUGUUUCUCAAACUUACCGCCUAGUCGAG